AUGAGGAAGUUUGUCUCUGGCUUGGGAAAACCUAUGAAAAAGGAGUGCAAAACAUCACUAUUGAUUUCUAACAUCGAUAUUUCCAGGUUGAUGCUGUAUACUCAGCAAAUAGAGGAUGAUAAGAGGAAAGACAAGGAGGGGCACUUGAGCAAGAAGGAAAAUUCAGCUAGACAUGAGAAUAAUCAGAGGCAGAGUAAGGGAAACAGGUAUGAUCAACAGAGAAAGUGUCCCACCUUGGGAAAUAAAGCCCAGUCCUCUACCAUAACACCCCCAACUAGAGGUAAUCAUAGAGGUACUACUUCAGGUACAGGUGGAGGUACGAAUCGUCUAUAUGCCAUGGGUCAUCGCCAGGAUCAGGAGAAUUCCCCAGAUGUUGUACAUGUAUGA